AUGGCUGAGCAAGACAUUUGUCCUCACCUGGACUCCAUAGGAGAGGUAACCAAGGAGGACCUCCUUCAGAAAUCCAAGGUGGGUGUCAUUCAUUCACUACCAAUGUUAUUCACAAUGUCAGAGAUGCCCAGUCCAUGUUGAUGAGUGUACAUGCCACUGUGAAUGUUAACUGCAUCAAUCCAUAUUUGCAGUUUUAACCACGAUAACUGGAGUAAAGCUUUGUUACAGCCCUUUCUGAGGGAACCUAAGUGCCAUUGUAUAUGCAGUAUUUUAUCAUGAUCCUUCUCCUUAUGUUGUCCUAAUCUUCCUGUAGGGAACCUGCCAAUCAUGUGGAGCCGGAGGACCAAAUCUGUGGGCCUGUCUGCAGGUAAUGUUGAGACUAAAAUACCACUAAAAGUUAUCUGCUUAAGCCCCAUAUUACUUAAAUGAUGAUCCUGCAAGAAUGGCUACUGCUGCAUUUAAGAUGAGAGGGCCAGCUGAACACUCAAUAAUUGAUGGUGAUGUAUGGCAUUAAAGCUGUUAUAGGUGCUGCAGCUAUUAAACUUGUACAGGCUUGCAAGUGCAGCACAAGUACAGUUAUGGCUAUAAUUGGUUUCUCUUGAUGACAUUGAAGCUGACAAUGUAACUUUAAGUAUUUUAGUGUACGGCCCUAAUACCCCCAAAAUAGUUCAUGUGCCAUUGUGUUGAGCUGCCCUCUUUUUUACCCACUGUUAUCUUAUUCAUGCCUUUUAUAGGAUUUUAGCUGCUCAACACUUCAGGGUCUCUGAUUUUGUAUUUUUUUGUUUCAUGAUGGACCAAAUCAUACCAAAUUUUGUGUUGCUUUGAAAAAUUGGCACAACAGGUACACUUCUACUACAGAGCCAUGCAGCUGCCUUGUGGUUUGGCGUCGUUUUGCUGAAAAAUACAAGUCUUUCCUGAAUGAGACACUUGGAUGGUAGUAUCUGCUUAUGGUGUUUGAAAAUGCCCUUGUAGAUGUGCAAGACAUCCAUGUCAUGGCCACUUAUGCACCUUGGAUGGUGCGCUGAUACAAGCCUGGAGGUCCCUCUUUAGUACAGAGGACAAGGCAUCCAUCCAUCCAUCCAUCCAUCCAUCCAUCCAUCCAUCCAUAUUGUACCGCUUAUUCCCGUUCCCGGGGUUGUGGGGGGGCUGGAGCCUAUCCCAGCAUCUUUGGGCGAAGGCAGGGCACACCCUGGACAAGUCGCCAGUUAUUGCAGGGCUGACAUAUAGAGACAAACAACCAUCCACGCUGUCAUUCACACCUACGGGAAAUUUGAGAGUGGCCAGUUAACCUUACCCCACUUCUGCAUGUUUUUGGGAUGUGGGAAGAAACCGGAGUACCCGGAGUAUACCCACACAGACACAGGGAGAACAUGCAAACUCCACACAGAAACGCCCUGACCCGGAUUCAAACCCCUUCUUGCUGUGAGGCGACAUUGCUAACCACUACACCACUGUGCCGCCCCGAGAAGGCAUCUGUGAUUUCCAAAAAAGAUUGAGCUCAGGCCCAGAGAAGCUGCAGGUGUUUCUGGAGCAUAUAUUUAUUCUGGCUUCCUGUUUGCAUGGUCCAGAUUUAACCUGUGGAUGCUUUGACCAACUAUGUUUACAGAAAGUGUGUUUUGAAAGUGAUUUUGAGUCCUUGCAGUGGUUUCCACUCCAGCGUCAUGUCUGUUUUUAAUGUCAAUCCAGCCUGGUUUUUGUCCUUGUUUCUUUAAUCUCUACAUUUCUCCACACACUCUGAAUCUAUGAGUGAUAUUACAUUAUGUAGAUGAUGAAAUCCACAAACUCAUUGCAGUUUAAUACCGAGGAACAUCAUCCUGAAGUUGUCAAACUAUUUGCUCAUACAGUCCCUCACAGGAUGGUCUUUGCUCCUGCUCCUAUCUUUACUCCUGAGAGACCCAGCCUCUUUUAUUCAGAGUUAGCUCACUUAUGGUUUAAAGAUUAACCUGGUUGGUAGGAAGUUAGUUUUUUAAGUAUUACACAAUUAACAGUGUUGUCUAUCUUCUAUUAGAUAUAGAGUUUUCAUUUACUGCUGUGUCCAAACUGUUUUGUGAGUGGGGUUGUAUAAUUAUACAUGGGCAGGUAGACAUUGUGAUGUUUUGUCGUGUAGUUGACAGACUGUGAUUGCUAGGCUCCUGUCUGACACAUUCUUUCUGCUUCAUAGAGUGACUGCCCAUAUGUCGGCUGUGGAGAAUCAUACUCGGAUCACAGCACCUUGCAUGCACAGGUAAUCACUCCUACAGCUUUUACUCAUCGGUUUCUUUGUGUGUGCAUGAUAAGAAGAGAAAAAGACAUGCAAAUCAGGUCUAUUACAUAACUGCGAGUUUUUUUCUUUAAGGCAAAGAAGCACAACCUGACUGUGAACCUCACCACGUUCAGGAUUUGGUGUUAUGUGUGUGAGCGUGAGGUGUUUUUGGAGCAAAGGCCGUCAUUGGUGCCGGUCCCUGCUGCUCCUCACCACUGUAAAGCCACAGAGCAGGUACAGCUUUGCUCCUCUAUGCAUACCUUUGCUUGAUUAAACAGAAAACCUGCAAGCGCUUGUGAUUGAUUUUGUUUUUUUUUCCACAAAGGCCUUACUCAGCCUUUUAUUUAUAGCAUCUAUCCAUAAUUUCCCCAGGAAGCAGCUCCUCAGCCAGUAGGUCACCCGCUAAAAGCCGUACCAAUUGCAGUUGCAGAAGAAGAGGGUUCAGAAUCAGAGGAGGAUGAGCUCAAACCCAGAGGUACAACAACAAGACAUCAUUACCUCUCCUAAACAACAGUUUCUCACUUCAGAGUCCUCAUGAAUCACAAAAAAUAUUGGUGAUCAAGCUAGUAACAGGUCAGAAAAUCAAUAAAAAAGCCUUAAGGGGAAGUUUUUCCUGUGAUAAUGAAAAUCAUGCUUGUAAUAUUAGGUCAUACCUGCCACUUUUAAUAGAUAUAAUUGCUUUGAGGUCUAAGAAUAGCUACUAGGACUCUUUCUCCAGACAAGCAUUGAUAAUUAACCCUCAGUGGUGUCUUCUCUGUUCAACUACACUUAAAGAUAUGCUGUAUCUGCUUGGUUUUACUCUCACAGCACUCUCUGUCAACAUAAGAAAAACAUACAGCUCCUUUUUCUCCUCUUUGCAGGGCUGACGGGGAUGAAAAACAUCGGGAACUCCUGCUACAUGAAUGCUGCUCUUCAAGCUCUGUCAAACUGGUGAGGUCACUUCCUUCCAUCACAUCUGUUCUCUCCCUGGAGAUCAGUUUCUGUGUCUUCUUCCUCUUCCUCUUUUUAAUUCUAUUAAUUCAGAUAAAAAGUGCUGCUUCGGUAAAUCUUCUCCCUUUAUUUGCCAGCCCUCCCCUCACACAGUUCUUCCUGGACUGCAGUGGAUUAGUCCGCACUGAUAAGAAGCCUGCUCUGUGUAAGAGCUACCAGAAACUCAUCUCAGAGCUCUGGCAUAAAAAACGGUAAUAACUCAUAAAAGUGGCACAAAACCACGUGAAUUUUCAGUUUACUAAACUUGGCUUUCAUGCUGUUUCCAGGCCCAGCUAUGUGGUCCCUACCAGUCUGUCUCACGGCAUCAAACUCGUAAACCCAAUGUUUCGUGGUUACGCUCAGCAGGUAGGGGCAAGCACCCAGCAGGUAACUAUUCUUGGCACACCUGGCAAUCACUCAGCAGCCUGACACUGUCUUGUCUAAUGGUUUGAAUGAUGGAAAUCCAUGUAUUUGUCCUGCACUUUCUUAAAAAUGUAUUUUAUUCUGUUAAAACUGACAUUUGUAAGUGAUCACUAAGUGGAUGGCUUGAGUUGUUCACUUUUAGUGUGUGUUUUAAAUGAGUUUUCACCUGAUUGAUGCAUUUUUGUGUUUCUCUGUAAAAACAGGGCGAGAAAACAUUAGAUAUUAUCUUAUUUCAUGUAUUUAAAUUAAUUAAUAGUUGGUUAUAGGCACUGUGACUUUUUCUGAAAUCUCUUAAACUGCAGUGUGAAUUUCUUUUGGUCCAAAGAGCCAACCAAUAAAAUAAAAUAAGACAGGACAUCUUUGCUUUUACUUUAUUUGCUCAGUGAGAUAUUUAGACCAAGAAUGUAAAUGCUGAAAAGGGUUCCACAAAAAAAGAAAUAAUAAGUUGUCAAUUUCCGAGCUUUAGAUCAAUCUCCAGACUCAGCCCAGCCAGCUGUGUCCAUCAGGUUUAAUGCAAUGCUGGGCUAACUGUAUCCAGAUUGUGGCUUCAUAUUUGGCACAGGGAUGUGAGAUGUCAAACUUCUUUCCAGAGUCUUGGCAGGAAAGAGAAAUGAUGCAUUUUGCAAAAAUACCACUGAACUUUACAGGAUAAUUCAUGAAAUAUUUAUCUCUGCAUACCUGCAGACAGAAUUCUGAAACAGUACAAGUGCAGUCCUAAGGAUUUAAAAAUUAGUUGUAGCUAAUAGGGCCCGACCAAGGCCAAUUUUAGCCCAUUUGAGACUAAUCGGAAAUCGGCCAAAACAUGCUGAUUUUCGCCAAUAUUUUCAGAAAUAAAAUGCGGAGAAUAAGAUUCGGUUAGAAUAAACAACAGUAUACAUUUCGUGAUCGAGCUACUUCUCUUACUGAGGCAGCUGCAUGUCUCCAGAUGAGACUGAACUGGAAAUGAGUUACGUGAGUUAAGAGGCAGAGGCACCGAUCGGCGUGCGCGCAGGGGGUAGUUGAAAACGCUUUUCUGGUCCAAGUAUGAUCAGUUGGUCUCCGUGCCAGCGUGAAGAGCAGUAGCCCACAGUAAAUCUACAGUAUACUGUAGAUAUCUACAGUUUAUAUAUAUAUUUUAUAACUUCAUUAAAAAUUUAAAAAAUUGGCAGAUUAAUUGGUGAUCAGAUAUUUUUCCCCCCUAAUAAUCAGUUUUGGCAUCAACCCCCAAAAAAUCCCUAUCGGUCAGGCCCUAGUAGAUAAUAUUAGUAAGAUUUUAUUAUAUUAAAAAUAUAUGAUAUCAGUUUAGCUUAAGGUUUUUUUUAUUUGACUCAGACCUGUUCGAGACUGUUUUGUUUUAAAUGUGUUGAAAAUGUGACAAAAAUGAUGAUUUUUGACUGUGUUUGAGGGCUAUGAUAGAUUUAUAAAAUUCACCUUGUCCAACUUUUUGUCAAUAUAGACCAUUUUUACACCAUCUUUUGGUUAACAUACUGUUUUUUGCUACACAUUCACUCAUACUUAACUUCAUAGUAAAAGAAAACCCUUCUUUGUAUGUUACUACACUCAUCCUCCUCUUGAGUAAGUGUAGUCUGUUUUUCUGGAUGCAGGACACUCAAGAGUUCCUGCGCUGCCUCAUGGAUCAGCUACACGAGGAGCUGAAGGAGCCUCUGACAGAGUGCAGCAUGAGCGCUGAGGGAAGUGAUGGUGAGGAGAUACGGGAUGGGGACCGCUCCCCAUCUGAAGAUGAAUUCCUCUCCUGUGACUCUGGCUCUAGCAGCGACCGGGGUGAGGGUGGGGGAGCAGGCGACAGCGAGCUGCUCCUGCAGGAAGAGUGUGACGGAGUGAGGGCGCCAACAGGAGGUGUUGUGGGGGUCGGUACCAACGGGGUCAUCUCAGAGAAAGAGAGGCUAAAGGAACGGAGGGUGUCCGGCUCGCCUCUCCGUGGAGGCUCCCAGGAGAUGGACGAGGAUGCUGAUGUGGAUACAGCAGCUGAGGAAGGGACACCUGAGAGGGGGGAGGAAGAGGAGGUAACACAAACCGCCAUCACUGAGGUCCAAAGCCAAGAGAACAACCAGAUAUCUGAUGUGGGGCAAGUGCAGACCCAGAGCAGCAACACCUCAGGUACAAGGCCAGCUGGGUUAUGAAUUAUGAUGAGCACGCAGAUCUUCUGUCUUUAAAUUGUUGAUUUCAUAUUUUGAUUUUAGAGCCAGACAAUGAAGCAUCAAUGACCCAGCCUCAGCCACAGUCCACACCCUGCAGUCCAGUUCGAACCCUUCAGGAGCUGCAUCCCAAACUUUCUUCCAGUCCACCUCGUUCCAGCCCGCUACGCUCUGCAGGACCUGCAUACUCCUUCAAAAAAGGUUUGGAAACAGCUCCGACUCCUCACUCCAUCAUUAUCCAAAAAAAGUAGAAAUACUGGUCAUAUUUGUUAAGUUCUCUCAACACACCUUGGAUAACUUCUGGUCUUCUGGCUACACAUAAAUUGUUUAAGAAUUACAAUAUUAAACCCUUAAUGUUGCCUGUGAUUGCUAUUUUAUAAUUUCAAUUUGAAUUUCAGUCUGUUUCAUCACUGUAAAGAAAAAAAUCCUGAUUGGAGCUUUAAGCUGCUAUGAUAACAUUUUUUUUUUCCUAUACCACUUUUUUUUUUUUUUAUCAUGAAUCUUCAGCUCAGUUGCUGCUCAGCACACGGAAGAAGAAACAGUCUCAUUAUCGCAGUGUGAUCUCUGAUAUCUUCGACGGCUCUAUCCUCAGUCUGGUGCAGUGUUUGACCUGCGACAGGGUGAGCUGCAUCUCACAGAUUCAAACACAAGGGGGAGCUAUUUAUUCAGCUUGAAACCACUGAAGUAAAUGAGAACUAACGAUACUUUUCAAAUAAAAUGAAGAGGAAUUUAUGACAGAUUUAUCGAUUAUUGUGUCAUUUUACUGUUUUGUAAUACUUGCAUGAAUCCUUUCCUUAGAUAUUUGUAUGUAGGUCUGUUCUUGUUAACACAAAACAGUACAUGAGUCAUUUUAAACUAGAAUCUCUGACCCACUUUAUGCCGGUGUCUCAAAUACAAGCUUUUUUUCACUUCUUUGGAAAGCAUUUUAUCACGUACAUCGCCACUGAUUAAGACAUGCUGUGUAAAACACUUUCCUCACUUUCCUACGAAAGGUUUCUACAACCGUGGAAACCUUCCAAGACUUGUCUCUUCCCAUUCCUGGUAAGGAGGACUUGGCCAAGCUUCACUCAUCAAUACAUCAGAACCUUCCAGUGAAGACAGGCGUCUGUCCUGACACUUACAGCUCACAAGGCUGGAUCUCCUUCAUCAUGGACUCCAUACGCAGGUCAGUGAGUCAUAUCUAAAUGUCAAAACUGAGAAUUAGUGGAACUGAAAUUUAGAAUAAAAGACAGACGUAUUGAAACACAGGGUGGUGAGGCAUUUUUUGGUCAUUGGUUUCAUUUUGACAAUAAGUUCAGAUGAAGUUGGAGAUUAGAUAACCAGUGCAGGAAGUUGUUAGGAGAUCAACAUCUCUAAAGUCUAGCUCCAGUGAAACUGCUCAGCCCAACAAGACAGUCUUUUUCCCACCUUUAAACACAUUUAGGAACGUUUUCCCCCCAUGUUUGGUGCAAAGGGAGCACCAAACAUGGGACAUUCAAAGGUGGAAGAAAGUUUUAUUCUCUGAUAAGAAAAAAUUUAACCUUGAUGGUCCUGAUGGCUUCUAAUGCUACUGGCAUGACAAGGUGAUGCCACCUGAGAUGUUUUCUACGUGGCACAGUGGAGGGGGCACCAUCAUGAUCUGGGGUGCUUUCUCCUUUAAUGGAACAGUGGAGCGUCAGGUUGUGCAGGGGCAUCAAACAGCAGCUGGCUGUGUUGUAAUGACUGGGUUUUUCAGCAGAACAGUGCUACAAUUCACAAUGCCCAUCUGACCAUGAAUUUUUUCCAAAAUAUAUUUUAGAAAAAAACUGACUGACAAGUUUUCACAUGAUGAAAAAGAUGGGUUACUGGAGAGUAAAACUUCGGCUAAAGUGAACAGAGAGGCGUCUGUCAGGGUUGUUUUCAAGAAAAAAAACGCAUAUUUUUAAGUUCAUUUUUGUCUCUGGGGGACUCAUUAUUGGCUAAUACUCUAGUCCAGGAAUUAUAGCUGAUAUCAGGAUGGGAAAAUAGUAUCAGGUCAUCACUAUAAAUUUUGUGUUUGGCUCAUUAAGUGAAUGGGGCCUUGAGGAAUUCUGGGAUUGCGUCCAGGACUGAUGGGUUAGAGAGAUUAUUAAGACUACAGAGGGCUCUGAGUUGCUUGACCCAGUGCCACAAGACAAAUUCUGAGAACCGAGCAAGCAGAUGACUCAUCUUGGAGACUUUUUUCAUUUAUAAUGAGUUUUUCUUUUCUUGCAACCAAAGCAGCUAAAUGCUCAAAACAGUUGCUUCCUUCUGAGUGCAUUUGCUUGGAUUUGCUUAUUUACGUAGACUUUCACCUGUUUUUAUCGCCUGAGAUAGAAGGGUUGCAGACAUUGUUUUGUGAUAUGCUUAUCCUCCAGCUGUUAGGAGAUUGCAAAAGCAUUGUAAUCAUAACAACACUGGCCCCUCAUGAAGUUUCUCUGUAAGUGUACACUGUUCAAGGGUCAUUGUUCUCAAUGCAGUCUGUGCUAGUCUCUAAAAGUUUCCACAAAAGGAAAUAACUUGUGCUUUUACACAUGUAAAAAUCAGGUCAACAUAGGCCCUUGGUCCUCAAACUAAAGCCAAAUGAGGAGUAAGUACCUUAAAUAAUUGUGACAUCCAGUUAUGGAUCGCAUGGGGGUAGUGUAACAGGUUAAAGGUGGCCUGUACACCGACUGUGGUGUCCCAGUGUAAAGCUCCAGUAAGCUUUUUCACAUUUACGAAAUGGACUGAAAUUCAUACCUAUGCCUUUUUAUGAUAUUCAAAAACAACCAAGACCAUCAGCAACAAGACUAAUAAAUACAAUAUUGCAGAUAACAAUGUCUGAAACCUGUAAGACAGGGGUAGGUGUUCGCCAAGCAGCUGCAGAAACAGCCUCGUUUUUCAAAUUUCUACAUAUAAGAAAUGAUGCAUUUGACUAUCAAAAGUUAGCCAGGUUAGCUUUUUGCAUGCACAGAACAAGUUAAGCAAAGACUGAUUGUCCAUAGGGAGGCAACAACCAAACCAAAAAUUCCUUGCUGGAGCUUUAACUAGUCAUAAUUCUGGUUCUGUGUGGAGUGAAACAGACAAUCAGGCAAGGUAUGCUUUAGCGUGGGUUUAUUUCAUGAUAGAUACAUCUGUCAUGCUGUUCAACACAGUUACUUCCAGCUCCAAAGGAACGUUUUGCAACAAACAGAAUUCAAAAAUGAAGUCUUAAGAAUUGCAGAUCAUAAUAUUACAUCAAGCUUUUAUCAAUCCAGACAGAAUUGCUUUUGAGGUCAUUGUAACUAUUUUGUGAAGGUGGUUUUAUUAUUUUUUAUAACCCCUAUAAGGAUACAGACUCAUAGUUGGAUUGAAAAUUAAACAUAAAUAUAUCAGUUACAUUCAGGGGUGCAGAGGGAUGCAAUGGCAAGUAGUCUUGAUGGUAUGAUCAUAUUCUAAGAAAUAACCGCAGUUUUACAAUUAUCACAGUGAUAACUCGUGAAUUUCACAACUUCACUGAUGUAUAGAACAACAUAAGGAUUCUCCGAGGAUCUUCCUUGUUUCUUUGCUGGAUACUAAACUUUGCAGCUUGAUCCCUCUGCCAGUAGCUAAUACAGUGUUGCUAACGCACUAGGAUUCAACCGAUUUCUCAGUGAGCCGAUUAAUUCGGCCAAUUUUAGCGCAUUUGAUACUAAUUGGCAAUUGACCAAAAAUCGCAGAUUUUCGCCGAUUUUCAAAAAUGAAAUGCAACAAAUUAGAUUCGGUUUCACUUCGAAAAUGUUCCGCCAUUUGAAAAGUUCCCCGACUUAUCCAGUAGAUGGCGCAGUGACCUCAUGACUAUCUUCACCCACUAACUACUUCACAGAACAGCAGAGUGACGAAUCUAAAGCAGGCAGCUCAGGGACACACGGAGCAGAGUGGUCCGACUCAUCGGUAAAUAAACUAGUUUGUGAAAUACACAAACUACUUCUCAUACUGAGGCAGCUGCAUGUCUCCAGAUGGGCUCCUAUGAGGAACUUUCUGUUUGUGUCAUUUUUGGCGCCCCCAGUGGACAAAGCAGUCUUUGCUUAUCUUGUCCUCUACAUGCUUAAGAGGUGUCAUAUCCUGCUGAUUUUUUGACAGUCAAAUGUAUUAAUUUUUGUAAAUAUUAACAGGACAGGACUGUUGAGCUGCUUGGCUCGCACGACUUUCAGACAUUAAAAAUCAGAAUAUAACAAUUGCCAAUCUAUCCUACUGGUCUUGUUUGCUUUUGGAUGUCAUACAAAGGCAUCAACAUGACUUUCAGUCUAUUUCAUUAACACUAAAAAACUCCCCAUAGGAGCUUUAAGUAAAGCCAAAAUUGAUGUAUUGAUCGUGUCUCUUUAUGUGUUGCUUUCUCCUUCACAGGUUUGUAGUCUCAUGUAUCCCUAGCUGGUUUUGGGGGCCUAUGGUUACCUUAGAGGACUGCCUUGCUGCUUUUUUUGCUGCAGAUGAACUCAAAGGUAAAAGAGAGCAAUUCUAAUAAAUACAAUCAAGCUUUUGAAAGUGUAGAUGAUUUAUAUUUCCUUUAUUAUUACCCCAGGGGACAACAUGUACAGCUGUGAGAGGUGUAAAAAGUGAGUACUAUAAUAAAUCUUGAUAGAGAUGUUUAUUAUCCAUCUUUAAUGUGCAGUAUUUCAAUCACACACUGAAGUUUUUAUUUUCUGUCUUGCUGCAGGUUGAGAAACGGUGUCAAAUACUGUAAAGUGCUUAAACUUCCCGAGGUACGCAUAACUUUCCCUUAUCUUCUCCUGAAUGUAGAUUUAAAGUGUCAGUAAACAGUUUUUUACUUGAUGUUUUCUGCAGAUUUUGUGCAUCCAUCUGAAGCGCUUCCGCCAUGAGGUCAUGUAUUCAUUCAAGAUCAGCAGCCAUGUAUCCUUCCCAUUGGAGGGCCUGGACAUGCGGCCUUUUCUAGCAAAGGAGAGUCCGUCUCAAGUCACCACAUAUGACCUGCUGUCAGUCAUCUGCCACCAUGGCACGGCAGGAAGUAAGCAAUAGUUUCAUUUCCUCUACUGAUUCAAGCAUUUAUCUGAUUUUAUCUCCAUGUGGUUGGCAUAUUCUUGCAGAUUUCGCAAGCUGGAGCGUGUUUGCACCAUUUGUAAUCACCCCUGUGUGAACUUAACACAUUUUUUUAUGCUUCUGCAGGUGGACAUUAUAUAGCUUACUGUCAGAAUGUGAUCAAUGGUCAGUGGUACGAGUUUGAUGACCAGUACGUGACAGAAGUCCAUGAGACGGUGGUGCAGAAUGCAGAGGCCUAUGUGUUGUUUUACAGGUGAGCAGUCCAGGUCAAAUUUCUCAGUAGAUCAGAGCUGAUUCACUCAAUAAUGAUGCUAAAGACUGUUUGUUUUCAAAUUCAUGUAGGAAAAGCAGUGAGGAGUCAGUGAGGGAGAGGCAGAAGGUGGUCGCGCUGGCAAACAUGAAGGAGCCCAGCUUGCUGCAGUUCUACAUCUCCAGGGAGUGGCUGAACAAGUUCAACACCUUCGCUGAACCAGGCCCCAUCAGCAACCACACAUUUCUCUGUCAGCAUGGAGGUGUGUGGUGAAAAAAACAUCUGAGAUAUCCGCUAACCCUCCUCUUGUUUGGAAAGCUUUCUGCUUCAGAAAUCAGUUGCUGAUCUGUGGCUGUAGAAGAGCUUUGUGAAGUCUGGUGAUAUCAAUCAUUUAGCUUCUGCCAGCUUGUAGGUUCACUAUAAAGUUAUAACACAGUACUUGUAAACCAUUUCCUGGAAACGUCUGGGUGUAGAGUAGGGCCCGACUGAUAUGGUUAUAUAUGUAUGUGUGUGUGUGUGUGUGUGUGUGUGUGUGUGUGUGUGUGUGUGUGUGUGUGUGUGUGUGUGUGUGUGUGUGUGUGUGUGUGUGUGUGUGUGUGUCCUUCUGUGACUUACCCUCCUUGUGUGGUUGAGUGAACUGAACCAGAGUGAGAGAAUCAGAGCUUAAUAAACCUUUGCUGGUGUUCGGAGUUGAUUGUCUGAUUAGAGCUAACUUUUCAGGACCUGAAAAGAAACUGGACUUUGCCACAAUAUUCUAAUGUUUUGAUAGGCAGUAGUUUUUUUAGUUUUUUUUAUCAUAAAUCACACUUUUUUUUUUUUUUUUGGUUACUGGAAGUUUAGCUGCCCUCCAAACUUUGUAACAUCUGCACUAAGCUAACACGCCUCACAACAGUCCGUCCAAGUGGAAACUAAUGGAUCACAAAGCAAAUAGCAAAGCUGUAUAAUGACCACAAAGUUUCGUAAUAAGAUAGAUGACCUCUUCAUGUCUUUGUUUCUGUUACAUUUUUUAGAUAUUUGGCCACUUUAUGCGUCCCAGCCAUGGCUUUAUUGCUUCACAGAGAUAGGAGUGGGCAGUUUGGGAAGGAGGAGAAACAAUCCAUCAUGUUUGUGUGAAGUUCAGCCUAGAAAAGCUCAAAAAUUUCUCCUUUAACACAUUUUUCUCUCUGUACAGGAAUCCCUCCCAAUAAAUACCACUACAUAGACGACCUGGUGGUGAUAGUUCCCCAGAAUGUGUGGGAGUACCUUUACAACAGGUGAAUAUGCAGUUCUGCUGUGAAAGUUUUACUAUCGUUAAUGUGUUUAUGCCGGCACAAUGAUAUACCGAGAAAGAUGUGAUUUUUAAGAUGAUCUAUUGCUUCAGUUCGGUUGAUAAAAAUAGCGACUGGCGCUUAAAAUUUGGACCCUGCAAAAUUAAGAUUCCAAAAACAAAUAAAAGUUCAAGAACAGUAAUAGUUUGUGAAACUCUUUUACAUCCAUCUUCUAAAUUUCAAGCUUUGAUUUAUAAUAUUUUUUUUUGCCAGUUCUUGCAUCGACAGAGAAGUGUGAAGCAAAGCUGACAGUCCAAACUCUUUCAGAGAUACUCUACCACUCCAUUUACAAAAAAAAAAAAUCCUUUUAUUGUUGAUGUUCUGUCUUCAGUUUUGGAGGCGGCCCAGCAGUGAAUCACCUGUAUAUGUGUGCCAUCUGCCAAGUAGAGAUUGAAGCCCUGGCUAAACGCAGAAAAACAGAAAUAGACACUUUCAUCAAGGUAAACUCUGUUGUUUUCCAAAGGUUUUACUUGUGUAUAAAUAUAUCUCUGCUUUUUUUGCUGAGUUGCUUUUUUCUCUCUCUCAUCUGUAGCUAAACAAGGAGUUCCAGGCUGAGGAGGCUCCGACUGUGAUCCUGUGCAUCAGCAUGCAGUGGUUCAGAGAGUGGGAGAGCUUUGUGAAGGGCAAAGACAACGGUCGGACUCUGCAAAAUGGCAAAUAAACCCCACUUUAAUAAACCUAAUCUUUCUAUUUUCAGUAAAUGUUUGUUCUUUUGCUUCUCAGAGCCUCCUGGCCCCAUCGACAACAGCAAGAUUGGCGUCAUGAAGGGGGGGCACAUACAACUGAAGCAAGGUGUGAAACUUUAGACCAAAAAUUUAACAACCUAAGAGAAAAUGUAAUGGUUUUAUGAGAAAUAUGUGCUGAUUGUAAACAGACGGAUCAUUAAAAGCAGACAUGACUCAGUAGUGGACAUCACUGCAUGUGCUCAGAAUCAGUUACUUAAACCACAGUCUGUGAACAAAGUUAGUCACUGCAUCCAUGACGUUAAAAAAAGUUCCUGUGGUCUGAUAAGAAAUCAAAAUUUAACAAUCCUUUAAAAAAUUAUGGACACUGCAUCUUCAGCUCUUAAAGGGAUAUUCCGGUGUAAAAUUAAUUUAGGGUCAAACACACCAUAACACCGAGUUAGACAACCUCUCGAGAGAUGAAUGUUGCCGACCGCUUGCUUCUCUAGUUAUACCAACUUAAGUAACGGCCACUGGAUUGCAAUACACAGUGGUCUGAGGACAAAGAGACUAAAUGCAACUCACCUACUCUCUUCCAGCAGCUGCUUGUUUGGAGUGAGACCUCAAGCCAGUCUAUUACGGACUGCAGCGGGGUGAGGCAGCUCAAGGAAGAACAUUUAUGAUCAUUUCUUCAUGGAAAUGCAAUCAGACCGCGACGCUAAGUCAGAAGAACUACCGCAUCUACGGUGCAAAAUGAUCAAUAUGGUGAUUAUUACUUCAAGGAAAUGAUUAAGUAAUGAUCAUAAAUGUUCUUCGUUGAGCUGCGUCACCCCGCGGUGAAAUUAGGCAAAGUUAAAAAGAUGUUUUGUGGCUCGUGAUGUGGCUAGGGCUCUAAAUGUACUGUUGAUGAAGUUAGGUGCUGUUCUGAGCAUUAUUUGUGGCUAAAGAGUGGUGUUUUGGUUGAGGUUUACUUAUGGCUUCUCAGACUGCUGUGUAUUGCUAUUCUGCGGUCGUUACUAAAGUUGGUAUAACUAAAGAAGCAAGUGGUCGGCAACAUUAAUUUCUCGAGGGGGUGUCUAACUCAGUGUUAUGGUGUGCUUGACCCUAAAUUAAUUUUACGCCGGAAUAUCCCUUUAAGAGGAAUGGGACCACCUGACCAUUUUAGUGCAAGUUAACUGUGUGCUGGUCAGUGGAGGGGUUGAGUCAUAGCUGCUAUACCAGCCAAUCCUUAUUGUGUGGGCUUUGGCUCCAAAUAACAGGAAAGGGAGGUAAUUUGGCUUCAUUUUUGCUCAACAGGAAGAGGUGGGGUCACCCAUUUUUUCAAUUCCCAAUAUGUGGUGAAGAUUGAUGUAGAUAACCACCACUCAUUAAAUGCCUUUUUUUUUUGUUUUUCUCCUUUCAGGUGCAGACUAUGGUCAAAUCUCUGAGGAGACAUGGCAGUACUUGUUGGGUAUUUAUGGUGGGGGCCCUGAGAUCGCAGUGAGGCAGACGGUGGCCCCUGCUGACCCCGAAAGCCUCCACGGAGAGAGGAAGAUCGAGGCGGAGACCAGAGCACUUUGA